AUGCCAUACCUACUUCAUCAUCCCGUGAAUCGACAAUGACCCUUCGAUCCAUCGGUCCAGUGGGCUGUGUAUAAAACCCCUCACAACUCUCUCUCUCUACGCAUCUAGUCUCCAUUGUAUACUCUCUUUUGUUUUCUGCUCUGAAGAAGAAAGAAGAGAUAAAUUAUUUAGAAAAGCUCCAUGCACUUGAAGGAGAUUGAGGUUUAUUGGGACUUGAUAUCUUGCUUUUUGAAGUAUGUUGUCAGACCAGAACCAUUGGUCUUACUUUUGCUAAUUGAGAUGCAAUGUCAUUUUAUUUGCUUUGAAGAGAUUAGAUCCAGAAAGCUUAUGCUAGCAAGUGGAUUAGACUACUUUCAUAUACAUGUUGCAUAUGACUUGCUCAAAGAGUACUCUGAACUGGCUAGAACAAAGUAUAUCAGAGCUCCAUUAUGGUGUAUUGCGAAAAAGUGGGAUACAUAUCCCAGUGCCCAACGAUACAACUUCUACCAAAGAUUUGUUUAUUUUCAUGUGCCUAUAGAUAAUAAAGGGGUAGACCAGACAAAUAAGAUUAAUGAUAUUGAAAACCAAGAGAUAUGUAUGUCCAAUCUUAUCACCCAAUGCACCAAGAGCUAUGUCUACCCAGGAUUUAUGUCAAAUUUUGGAAAGUUGUACUGCUACAUGGUAAAGAAAGCUUUUGUUUGCCAAUAUUUUUUAAAUAAUUUCACUAUUAAAUCCAUGGUUUCUAUCAAUUGAUUGUAGUGCCCUAUAUCAAGCACCUCCAGGAAGACAAAGAGAAACACAAUAUAGCAAGAGAAACACAAUAUAGCUCUCAUGAUACUGAAGUUAUAUACGAGGAAGUUGGUAAAUUUCAAUCUAAUCAGUUUGAACAUUAAGGUCUUGCAUUCAUGGCUUUUUCUGCAUAAAUUCACCUUUUUGCCAUUAACAAUGGCGCUACGUGCAGCUUUCAAAAAAAUUCGCCAUUUCUAAUGGCUUAUGUGCAGGAUUAAAAAAAAUCGCCAUUCUAAUUGGCAUUUGUGUAGGAAAUUCGCCAUUUGUAAUGGCUGAUACUUCCUGGGCCAAUGAAUGGUCCUGCAAUUCACUGCAAAAGCCUGGAAUUCCCUGAAAAGUUCUGCACAGCCUAGAAGUCCAUAAAAAUCGCCAUUUUGAAUGGCAAUGGCAUCAAUUGUGAAAUAUUUUGGCAAGCAGCACUAGUUUUGAUUAAAAUUUUGAAAUCAACAACACUUCAGUAAAAAACUCUUACGCAUCGUAUAGCCUUUUGGCUUACGGACCGCAAGAUGAUGAAUUGUUGGCCUAAUAUUUAAGCAAAGGUAAGUAUGAUAAUAUUUAGGCAAAGGUUAAUCAUUCAUUGUAAUCAUAUUCAAUAUAAAAGUAAUCUCAGCUCCUUACCCAAUUAAAGAUGUUUGGGCCGGGGGGCUUUAAUUGUAAUUUCAGUUAGCUUUUUAGUAACCACCAUAGUUUUAAGGCCUACCAAUCAUCAGUUGUUUUUUGUUGUUGUAGAGAUAGAUUGAAGGUGCGCUCAUGGCAUUUUGUGAUCCGAUCAAGUCUAAAGUUGGCAUUUUGUGAUCCGAUCCACUCCAACUUUACAUAUUUUGGUUGACUAUGUUUUCUGUCAUCGUCUUUUGGUUGACUAUGUUAAAUAGUUGUUGGUUGACUUUGUUAAGUACAUUUAUCUCUCUUUGUGGAGGUUGACUUGUGUAAAAUACUACUUGUUUGUUGACUUUGAUUUUUUCCUUUCCAUUC